GAACGGCGCGUCUGCAGUACGUACGUACAUCCGGGGGAACAUAACCUCGUAGGGGAGACAGAUAACCCGCUAUCUACGGAUGAACUGUCAAUUCCGGUGCGCAGAGGGGCGUGUUUUUCGAGCGUCAGGAGAGGCCGGGGAAAUUCGUGUAGACUGACCAGAGUCCGCGAAUUUCCGUGAGCGUUGCACGGUGCACACGACCGCUCGGGCGCCAGAGGCUCGUUUAAUAUAAAGUUUACUCGGCGACCGCGCCCGUCGAGCCCGCCCGAGCCCGCGCUCGCACCUCGAUCGUCCGCUGAUUCAUCGCCGCUGCCCUCGGACGUCCUCGCUCGGCUCGCCCUCGCCGUCGGUCGAUUUGCCGAGCGUCUCGCGUGGCGCGCAUCUACGUGAUCGUCCUGAAGCAGGUUUUACCCUCUUACCAGUAGCGAGCGCGAAAUGACGGAGGUCUACAACUUGGGUGUCGAUGCCAUCAGCUGUCACGCGUGGAACAGAGAUCAAACCGAGGUUGCCGUCUGCCCGAACAACAAUGAGAUCCAGGUGCACAAACGUACUUCAUCCGGAUGGAAAUUGCUCGAGACCCUGGAGGAGCAUCACAUGGCCGUGAUGGGAAUCGACUGGGCGCCGGAGACCAAUCGCAUAGUCACCUGUUCCGCGGACAAGAACGCCUACGUGUGGACUCAGAAAGAGGACGGCAAGUGGGAUCCCGCUUGGGUUCUCCUGCGAAUAAAUCGCGCCGCUACCUGUGUAAAAUGGUCUCCGCUAGAAAAUAAAUUCGCCGUGGGCUCCGGAGGACGAGUUAUAGCUGUUUGUUACUUCGUGUCAGAGAAUAAUUGGUGGUUAUGUAAGCACAUUAAGCGUCCGUUGAGGUCUACGGUGACCACCGUCGACUGGCAUCCGAACAACAAGGUCCUGGUCGCCGGAUCGACCGACUACAAGGUCCGUGUCUUCAGCGCAUUUAUCAGUGAUAUGGAGGACGCUCCCGGUACCAGCUCCUGGGGACAGAGCAAUACCUUGGGGACACUGUUGGCCGAGUUUCCCAAUACGCCCAGCGGAGGUGGCUGGAUACACUCGGUAGCGUUCAGCCCGUGUGGCAAUAAAAUCUGUUGGGUGGCGCACAACUCAUCUAUAUGUGUCGCCGACGCCACUAAAGGGAACGCAGUCAUGAGACUGUAUACAGAGCAUUUACCGUUUUUAAGUUGCAUUUGGAUAGGUUCUAAUAACAUUGUUACCACUGGGCAUAGCUGUAUGCCAAUGUUGUAUUCCGUAGAUGACAGUGGACAGAUAUAUUUCGUUUCCAAGCUGGACAACACGCAAAAGAAGGAGAUCGCCGGACUGUCCGCGAUGCGGAAGUUCCAGUCGCUGGACCGACAAGCGAGGAACGAGACGAACGACAAUGCUUUGGAUAGCGUGCAUCAAAAUACAAUCAACUGCAUUCGCCGGGUGUCCGAUCAUGAAUUUAGCACGAGCAGUUUAGACGGGCAACUUGUAGUUUGGGACUUGAAGCUUCUAGAGAAUUCCAUCGCUGGGCUCAAGAUAGCGUAAGCGCGAAUCUUUUUAUAUUGCGAAGAUCAGAGAUAUUACAUCCAAUACAACGAUGUAUAAAUGUUAAAAUGAAUACUAUACAAUUUCUCAUUAAUC